GUGGCCAUAAAUUCAUAAAUGCUGUGUUUUUUUUCGUAAAAUCUGUUAUAAUUUAUGUUAUUUGUUUGGACAAUGGAUGAAUAAGCAUUAUUGCAAGCAGAAACAUGGCGAAAUUUUUGCUAUGUUGUUUCAAUUCAUGAAGACAUGUGCUCCUUAAGCAUUUAGAUUCAUCACCGACUUUGUUUCAUACUGUUUAUAAACAUGACAUCCAGGUUGGAUCGUCUGUUUUUGUUACUUGACCAGGGAUCAUCUUAUUUGACUAGGAAAGCUGCUGCAAUCCAAUUGGGAGAGGUUCAAAAACUUCAUCCUCAUGAAUUACAUAAUUUAUUGGCUAAGGUUAAAAAGUACCUUUAUAGCAGUAGCUGGGACACCAGGAUUGCUGCAGGUCAAGCAGUUGAAGCAAUAAUUAAUAAUGUUCCUCAGUGGAAUCCACAAGGAUGUGUAGUAAAAAAAGAACCAAAUAAUGAAAUAUAUGAUGUUUCUUUGGCUGGUAGAAUGAAAUUUUCAGAAUUCAACAUUAAUAAAGUAAUGGAAAAUGGGAAAAACCUUCUUGCCUGUGAAAGUAAUUCAGUGGAUAUUGAUGAACACUUAGAUAUUGAUCCUCAAGAACACUUGGCAAAGCAAAGAGAAAUGUUAAACAAGCAUUUAGGAUUAAGCUUUUCAUCUUUUAUUGGAAUUGAUUCUAACUAUCUGUCCAAUGAAGAUUUUGAAAUUCGUCAAGAUAAUAAGAGGCUGAAUGUAAAGAAUGAAACAAAAGCUAGUGUAUUGGAUGAGCCUUAUUCACCUGCAUCUCGAGUAAAACUGAAAUCAAGUUCUCAAGAUGGAUGUUCAAAUCCUGAUUCCAAACAAAUAAUGCAUUGCUCUCAAAAUAAUGUUGCCGCUCUUUCAAAUGGGUCUGAACCUAUUACGAAGAAAAGGCGCUUAGGGGAGAAAUUAUCUGAUGACAAUUCAGUAGAUCUGAACAGUAACUCUGAUAGCUUGUGGGAGGAAUCAAAACAAUGGCCUUUUGAAUCAUUUAGUGAUGGAUUGGUAAGUGAUCUCUUCAAUCCAUCUUGGGGUGUUAGACAUGGAGCUGCUACUGCCCUUAGAGAAAUCGUGAGAAUUCAUGGAAGAGGUGCUGGUAGAAAAGUAGAUGUUCCAGCCAGUCAGAUGGAAUUUCUUAACCAGAUAUGGCUGGAAGAUUUAGCUUUGCGGUUGAUUUGUGUCUUAGCUUUAGAUAAAUUUGGAGAUUUUAUAUCUGAUCAAGUUAUAGCUCCUGUUAGAGAAACCUGUGCCCAAGUUUUAGGUGUGGUAAUUAGCAUAAUGCUGCCAGAACAAGUUGAAAAAGUUCUUACAAUUCUACUUCAAUUGCUUGUUCGUCCUGAAUGGGAAGCUCGACACGGUGGACUGCUUGGCUUGAAAUAUAUUUUAUCUGUUCGAAAAGAUCUGAAAACAAUGAUAAUACCUCUGGUUUUUGAUCCAGUCUGCAUCUGUUUGAAAGAUAGUGUAGAUGAUGUUAGUGCUGUUGCAGCCUCAGCUUUAGUGCCAGUAGCUAAUGUAAUCGCCAACACUUUGCCAGAAAAGGUUUCAUCUGUGAUUUCGUCACUGUGGGAUGCAUUAUUAGAUUUAGAUGAUUUAACGGUAUCUACGAGCAGCAUUCUCGAACUUUUAGCAUCUCUUCUCUCGUAUACUGCCAAGUCACAAAAUAAAAGCCUUUCUUUAAAUUUUGAGGAGCUUAUUCCAAGACUCUGGCCUUUUCUGGGACACAAUUCAUCUAUUGUGAGGAAAUCAGUUUUGCAAGCCCUUAUUAUAUUGACAUCUGAUGAAAAUUUACAGCCUUGCUGCUCUUGGGUGCCUGAUAUUCUGCAACCUGCACUUCGAUUGCUGUUUCAGCGCUGCUUGAUUGAGCCUGUUCGUGAAAUCCAUGAUCUUUUAUACAUUGUAUGGAGGAAUUUACUUGCUAAAGCUCCUUUGAUUUGCAUAGUAUCUUCUACUGUUCCUUUUCUAAGUUCAUGGUUGUCAAUGAUCAUGCAUCCACAAAGUGUACCGAUAGAUCCAAACUCAAAUUCUGCUUGGUUAGAUAUUCCACACAAAAUUAAGGAAAAAACAGGCAACCGUUCUCGGAAUGUAGGUCUUUCUGGCUGCCUUAAAAUUCAAGAGUUUUACUAUAUUGGAGGAAAUGAGUCAAUUAAUGAAAAUAGCAAAGAACGUGAAAAGAAUGUUAUGAGAGCAAAAUUAACAGCAGCAAAAUUUAUUGGUCUGCUCAUAUCAUACUUAACCAAACCAGUUCCUGAAAUAGUGUAUCCGGAAGACUCGGAAACUCCUUUGAAAGCUUUUGUAAAACUCGUUGGUUUUCAUUUAAAUUACAAAUCUGCUUUGCAGAGGUUAGCAAUAUCCCUUGUUUUGAGUGAAUGGGCUGCUAGUGAAGAGAAUAACGUGUGCCCUUCCGAAAUCAAAGAAAAGUGCCUUGAAUGCUUAAAUGAAACAGUGUACUUCGAUGAAAUUGCAGUUGCUUUUACAAGAUUACAACAAGAGUUUAAAGAUUUUGUAUCAAUUUUGAAACAUUAUUCUGUGCCAGUAGAUGCAGCUUAUCAGUCAGGGGCAGUCUAUACCUUUGAGCAAAUUGUGCAGUUAGCUUCUGUUGGAUUUCCAUCUUCUGUAUCUGUUGUGAAAUUGAAACCUAAAGUUAUUGAGACUCUCGAAGAGAGAAGAAAAUCUUUGUUGAAAACUGUUACCCAGACAAGCCAUGAUCAGGCAGCUCUUAAUGUAAUGGUACAAUCUGCUAUUGCUGGUGCUUUGGUCUCUUUGAAAUAUCUACCAGAAAAGUUAAACCCUAUUAUAAGGCCAUUGAUGGAUUCCAUUAAACGUGAAGAAAAUGAGCUUUUACAGGUAGCUUCAGCACACCAUUUAGUGAAUUUGAUGGAACUCUGCAUAAGUCGAAAUAAUUGUCCAAAUUUGAAAAUAAUUAAGAAUCUUGUUAAUUUUUUAUGUUUUGAUGUGAUAAACAUGAAUUUUAUAAAUGAAAUCUCACCUAAUGUACAGAAUAAUAACGUUCAUGGAGAUGCUUCAAACAAUCACUGUAAAAGCAGAGAUGAAAUAUUAACUCUAUCAAACAUGCAAAAGUCAGCUGAAAGGGCAUUUCUUCGAAGAAGUAAUUCCAUAGCUUUAAAGAAAGGCAUUGUAAAUGCGCAGUGUGAUGAAACAGUCAAUGAUGAGAUUCAAAGGUAUAAUGAGCUUCAAGCACAAGGAGCUACUUAUGUGUUAACUUUUGCUGCUCAGCAUUUUGGCUCAUUGUUGCCAGAAAAACUUCCAAAACUCUGGGAAUCUAUAUUUCAGCCGCUAAGGAGCUAUGUGAAAGCAGACUGUGAUAUUCUUUUUGCUUCCGAGAUUAAUUUGCAUGAACUUUUAUCCAGUCUUCAAGUUUUAAAAGUUAUAUGUUCUCAUCUUCACAAAAAUUUACAUUCAGAGCUUAAAAACAUCAUACCUCUCAUCUGCUCAUGCUUAGAACAUACUUUACCAAUUGUGCGCCAUAAAGCAGCUGGAUGUCUUGGGAGCUUGAGUAAGGUUAUGGCAGUAGAAAUUAUGAACAUUAUUUUGGAUAAAGUAAUAUCAAAAUUAGGUGCAACUGAUAAUGAUGUUCAAAGGCAAGGUGCUGUUGAAGCAAUUGCAUGUAUCAUUGAUGAGUUGGGAUUAGACAUAGUUCCUUACAUUAUAUUUCUCAUUGUUCCAAUGCUAGGAAGAAUGAGUGAUCAAAAUGACAAAGUUAGGCUACUAGCUACUCAUUGCUUUGCAUCUUUAAUUAAAUUGAUGCCUCUUGAAGGUGGUGUAAAAUCACCUGAAAAUCUUGACCCCAGCCUGUUGAGUAAAAAAGAGAAAGAAAGACUUUUUUUGGAACAACUAAUGAAUCCCAAAAAAGUUGAACCGUACAAGGUUCCUGUCCCUGUAAAAGCUGAACUUCGAUCAUAUCAACAGGAAGGAGUUAACUGGCUUGCUUUUCUGAAUAAAUACAAAUUACAUGGCAUUCUGUGUGAUGAUAUGGGUCUUGGAAAAACUCUUCAAUCAAUUUGUAUUUUAGCUGGUGAUCAUUAUUUAAGAGAUCAAUUAUUUAAAGAAACAAAAUCUGCAGAUUGUAAGCCUCUUCCAUCUUUGGUCGUUUGUCCACCCACUCUAACAGGGCAUUGGAUAUAUGAAGUUGAAAAAUUUGUUUCCUUGAAAUAUUUAAACCCUAUACAUUAUACCGGCCCACCUGCUGAAAGACAAAGAUUAAGAAGCAAGGUAAAGAAAUAUAAUUUAGUAAUAGCCUCUUAUGAUAUUGUUCGUAAUGAUAUAGACUUCUUUGGAACAAUUCAUUGGAACUAUUGCAUUCUUGAUGAAGGUCAUAUUAUCAAGAAUGGCAAGACAAAGUUGGCUCGUGCAAUCAAGCAACUUUCUGCAAAUCAUAGAUUGAUAUUAUCUGGCACACCUAUUCAAAAUAAUGUUCUAGAACUAUGGUCACUCUUUGAUUUUCUAAUGCCUGGAUUUUUAGGAACUGAAAAGCAAUUCACAGCAAGAUACAGCAAGCCUAUUCUACAAAGUCGGGAUGCAAAAUCCUCUUCAAAGGAACAAGAAAUAGGUGUUUUAGCUAUGGAAUCACUUCAUCGUCAAGUGCUACCAUUUCUACUGAGGAGAAUGAAAGAAGAUGUUUUGAAAGAUCUUCCACCUAAAAUUAUACAAGAUUACUAUUGUGAAUUGAGUCCACUGCAGGUUCAGUUGUAUGAAGAUUUUGCUAAAAGUAGAGCUAGGCAGUCAGUUCAGGAAACAAUUGUAGAAAGUGAAACUCCUAAUGCACAAGGAACAUCUCAUGUUUUUCAAGCUUUACAAUAUCUGCGAAAAGUAUGCAAUCAUCCUAAACUGGUUCUGUCAUCAAAUCAUCCCCAGUUUGAAGUAAUUUCUAAGCAAUUAAAAGAACAGAAUUCUAGUCUUCAAGAUGUCAAUCAUGCUGCUAAGUUAUGUGCUUUGAGGCAAUUACUUCAAGAUUGUGGAAUUGGUGCAUCUAUAACAGCUCCAGAUCAAGAUGAAUCAACACCAGUUGUGAAUCAACAUCGUGCCCUUGUAUUUUGUCAACUUAAAAGUAUGCUUGAUAUACUGGAAAAGGAUUUACUCAAAUCUUUGAUGCCAAGUGUAAGCUACUUGAGAUUAGAUGGUAGUAUCCCACCUGGUAUGCGACAUUCAGUUGUACACAGAUUUAACAAUGAUCCUUCAAUUGAUGUUUUGCUUCUUACAACUCAAGUUGGUGGGCUUGGUUUAAAUCUUACUGGUGCAGAUACUGUCAUUUUUGUUGAGCAUGACUGGAAUCCUAUGAAGGAUUUACAAGCUAUGGAUAGAGCACAUAGAAUCGGGCAGAAAAAAGUUGUUAAUGUAUACAGAUUAAUUACUAGAGGAACAUUAGAAGAAAAGAUUAUGGGCUUGCAAAAAUUCAAACUUUCUGUGGCCAAUUCUGUGAUCAAUCAAGAAAACACAAGUCUUCAGAAUAUGGGAACUGAUCAACUAUUAGAUUUGUUUACCUUGGACAACAAGGGCGAAAAAAUUAUAGCUAGCUCAAAUACCGCACAAUCAGAUGAUGUCAAAAUGAAAGGAAUGAAGUCUGUUCUUGACAAUUUGCCUGAACUUUGGGAUACCUCUCAAUAUGAGACUGAAUAUGAUCUUACUAACUUUUUGAAUUCUCUGAAAUAAUUUUCAGAAAUUUUGCUCAAUUAUAACAUGAACUUGUCCAAAAAAGAAAAACAAUCAUAAUUUUUAUUGAAUUGAUUCAGCUGAAAAAGAUGAGAAUUUUUUUCUCUCUCUCCAGAAAUUCUGUUUUGAACGUAAUAGUAUAAAAUAAUUGGAGGAUUACCCUUUUUUAGCCUAUCAUUUUUAUGAAAUAGUCAUGAAUUUUAUUGUUAUUUUAAGGUAAUUGAUUAGUAAUACAAUUUCACAAACUUAAAUUUUAAAUCUACUUGUUCUAGUUUGUUAUUUUUAAAUCUAUUUCUUAUCUUUAAAUUUGCACUAUCGAAAAGUUGUAUAGAAUUGUGGUAGUAAGAAGCUGAGGGAUGCAAGUAGACUUAAAGUUUUGAGUGAAAGGAUGUGUUUAGUUCAAACCCUUGGAAAGCUUUCAUUAUUUUUUUUUUCUAAACCAUGCUGUAUAGCAGUACCUUCCAGUAGUACCACAGUGAAACCUGUGUAAGUUGACCACUUGUGGUGCACUACUUUAGUGGUCAACUUACAGAGGUUGAUUUAUAUGAUAUGGGCUGAUUCCGUGCCUGAAAAAAGCAGUCAACUUAGACUGGUGGUCAACUUACAAGGGUAGUCAACUUCACAGGUUUUACUACUACUACCAUCUCUUGUCCUAGAACAGACGAUAGUUCCUCUUAUUUUCUGUACUAGUUUUUUUUUCUUCAAUUUUUUAACUUUGAUACUUACACCCUUUGCUUCUUACUGUCUCAAUUUGCUUUUUGAUUCUAGUUUACCUUUAAAGUUAUUUACUGAAUACUUGUAAACUGCUAUACUAGUUUAAGUCGAUAAUUUCAUAUUUUACCUGGGCAGCUUUAAUCAAUUCAUGUUUUUACUAGAACGAAAUAAUGCACUGAAAAUUGUGAAAAGAAUAAUAAUUUGCCGGAAACUGCAUUUUUAAAAUUCUUUGUCUAAUAAUUGUAGAUGUUGAAGCGUUGAGGUUACAUUCAUGGAGAUAAUUGAAAUUGAUUUAAUUUUGUGAGGAUAAAAGAAAAUAUUUAUAUGGAUUAAAUAUUAAUAACCUCUCGUUUACGGCUGGCAUGAUAAGCUGUGUUUAAGUAAGAUGACUAACACAGGUACUAACCACUACAUUCCAGGGUCCCCCGUACUUACCACUAAAUGGUGGGUACAGUUUGCAAGUUGUGUUACACCAUUCAACUUGACAGGUUGUAUGGGGCCCUGAAGCUGAGCAGCUCAAUUCAGCAUCCCCAGAAGUAUUGAUUUGGAAUGGGGAAUUGGAGGACUUUUAUGACCACAAACAUAUUUAAUUUGCCUGUACCAGGCAUUUACCUGAAGUGUAUCAAUAGUUUCGCCAGGCAAUUGAUCGAUCAAGCCAUAUUAACUGCAUUUUUACGCCAGUUGAUAAGACCAUGAGACAUUUUAGGCAAUCAAUAUAAGCAUCUUAAAUGGAAGUACGUACAGACAGUCAACAAGCUAUUGGUCUGCUUAAUUGCUCUUACUUAAAGCAUUUGACAGAACAAAACCAGACACUAACCACAACCACUUAUGUCGUUAAACGUCAACUUCCAGGAUUUAAUCUGUUAUCGACCAUAGUAUUGAAAACUUGACAAAAAAUAUUUACUUUAAAAAUUUUUUUGAUUUUAAUGUUUUCAUCAUUUGAAGAAAAUAUCUCAGCUUUUAACAUUUUAUUAUACAAUAUUUUAAUCAAGUCUUUCUUAUUUAACAACCUUUUCAGCUUGUAUAUCGCUCUUAAAACAUGUUUUAAAAUGCAUUUAAAGGUUAAUUACACUUGGUAUUCAUUGUUGCUGUAAUGUUACAUCUACUAAAAAUUAAAAGGUUUUUAAUGUACAAAUCAUAAGAAAUGCAAUGAAAAAUUCAGGACAAGUUCUUUAGCUAUCUUGCCAUUAAGUACAAGAAUUAGAGAUUUUCAUUUUCUUGAGAAUUUAAUUCUCCAUUAUUCCGCUUGAUGGCUUAUUAAUUUAUCAGCAUGUGUACAUAAAUGCUCAUUUAUCAUUUACAUUUCCUUUCAUUGUGACUUGUGCUUUAAAGACUUGUUUUAACAAGGAUAAUCUUGUACUGUUCAGUAGAAGCUGAAGAUCUGUUAAAUGAAAUUUUUCAGAUGCAUUCUCCUUUUUAAAAGAUGUGCAAAGUUUUCAAAACUUUUGUUUCAUAUGUGAUUUUUUGCUACUUAAACGUUUGUAGUUUUUUUGUUUCACGUAGUAGCUUUAAUUGUGAUUUGCGAACUAAGUUUGUAUGUUCCCAGUGACGAGUGUUACUAAAGUGAUGUCACCAAAGUAUUUUCUUAAUAAAUUUUUUAAACU